AUGGCGAGCCCUCCUGUCCUAGCCUUCGAUACUGAGGGCCGCCCUGUGAAGUUCGACACCUGGCUUGAUGACCUACACCUCUUCCUACAGCUCACUGCCAAGGAAGACAUCUCGCUGUACGAUCAUGCCUUAGGCCACGCUACUGCUCCUGCUGCUACUGCUGACAGCACUGCCCGCUCACAGUGGCAGACUCGUGACGCCCAUACUCGCUUCGCUAUUCGCAACUCUCUGCCGAUAGAUGAGCGCGAGCACUUUGGGCAGCACAAGACUGCACAGGCACUGUACACUGCUGUCGUUGCCCGCUACUCCUCGCCGGCCUCUGCCGCUCUAGGCCGUCUCUCUCUUCCCUACCUUUUCCCUGACCUAGCUUCCUUCCACACUGUCGCUGAUCUCAUUACCCACCUCCGCACUAGUGAGGCUCGCUUCCGCGCCGCCAUGCCUGAUGAGUUCCUUGCCAAGAACCCACCCCCGCUCUGGCUCACUCUCUACCACCUAGUCACGCGCCUCCCUGACACUCUGCGCUCAGUCAGGGACCACUUCCUAGCUCGCUGCCCCACCGAGCUCACCAUUGCCCUCCUCGAGAAGGAACUGCUUGCAGCUGAGGCUAGCAUAGUCGCUGUAGGUGCCUCUCGCGGUGACCCCCGUACCCCGUUCUUUGAGAGGUGUUCUCCCUCCCCCCUUCUUCCCUCUGUCGCCUCUGCUGCUGCUGUCGACCUCCUUGGUGCUGAGAAGGUCGGGACUGCGUGUGCUUCGAGUGGGCACCGCAGCGGCAAGGGCAAGGGGGGCAAGGGCGGUGGUGGUGACAGCGGGGGUGGCGGUGGUGGGGGAGGUGGUGGUGGCGGGGGGGGUGGCGCGGGUGGGGGAGGUGGCAGCAGUGGGGGGGGUGGCGGCAGCGGCGGGGGAGGUGGCCGGGGCGGAGGAGGUGGUGGGGGUGGCGGUGGACGAGGCAGCGGCCGGGGUUGGGGUGGUCGAGGAGGUGGUAGCGGCGGUGGUGGUCGUGGAGGCACUGGCGGUGGCCAGGGCCAGCAGCACACUCCGUCGCCCCAGGAGCGUUGCUUCGCUCGUCUGAACGACGCUUGGCGUGUUCAGUUCCCUCAGGCCACUGAGCUGCCCCGCUGGGUUGAUCUCCUGAAGAAGGGGAUUGAUAUUUAUGCUCUAGACUUUGAUGCUAUUCUCACUGCCAUGUAUGUGAUGUCUACUAGUGGAGAGGGUGCUGAGUACCUGAGUGUCCCGCCCGACCCGGGCAUUAGGACUAGUGCGUCUGCCGCUCCAGGUACUCACGUGUCCGCUACCCCAGGUGCUGGUGAGGCUGCUGCUCUAGGUGCGUGUACGUCUGCCCCCCCUAGUACUGUGUCGACUGCAGCACUGCACACCUUCACACUGGACUCAGGCGCUUCUCGCUGCUUCUUUCGUGACCGCACUGCCCUUGAGCCGCUUGCUCGGCCGGUUGCUGUCUCCCUUGCUGACCCCUCUGGGGGUCCGGUCAUUGCGACCUCUUCCACUGUCCUUCCCUGCCCUGCGGUCCCGUCGGGCACACUGUCAGGUCUCCACCUCCCCUCGUUCUCUACGAACUUGGUGGCAGGAUGUGCACUCCAGGACGGGGGUGUUCACCAGCUCACCCCUGCCUACGAGCGCGUGACACACUGCACGUGUGCUCGUACGGGCCGUCACUUGGCUACCUUCACUCGGCAGCCGGGGUCGGACCUUUACACACUGACUACUGAGUCCCCUCAGGUCGCUGCGUCUGCGUCUGCGUCCGCGUCAGGGUCCUCCCUCCCCUCCCACCCUCGCCUGCUCCUCCCUGUCUUCCCUGGUCAGGAGAGGUACUUCCUGAUCGUUGUUGACGACUACUCGCGCUACACCACGGUCUUCCCCUUGCGAGCCAAGGGUGAGGUCCCUGAUGUUUUGAUCCCUUGGAUCCGCAGAGCUCGUCUCCAGCUCAGCGAGCGUUUCCGCUCGGACUUUCCUGUCCUGCGCUUGCACUCUGACAGAGGUGGUGAGUUCUCCUCCGACCUCUUGGCAGCCUACUGUGCUGAGCACGGCAUUGAGCAGUCGUUCACGCUUCCGGCCUCUCCACAGCAGAAUGGGGUUGCGGAGCGCCGCAUUGGCCUGGUCAUGGAGGUCGCUCGUACCUCCUUGAUCCAUGCGGCUGCCCCCCACUUUCUGUGGCCGUUUGCGGUCCGGUACGCUGCGCAUCAGCUCAACCUCUGGCCCCGUGUCUCCUUGCCGGAGACCUCGCCCACACUGCUGUGGACGGGGGAGGUUGGCGAUGCGUCACGUUUCCGGGUCUGGGGAUCUCGAGCUUUUGUCCGCGAUUCGUCUGCGGACAAGCUCUCCUCUCGUGCUGCUCCCUGCGUCUUCCUCGGCUUUGUUCCGGACGUGCCUGGUUGGCAGUUUUACCACGCCACCUCGCGCCGGGUCUUGCCCUCUCAGGACGUCACUUUUGACGAGUCUGUCCCCUACUACCGCCUCUUUCCCUACCGCACUGCCCCGCUCCCACCCCCGCCUCUCUUCCUCGCGCCAGGUGCUGCUGUCGUAGACCCCCUCCCCCCUCAGGGUGCCGCUCCCUCAGGUGUGUCUCAGGUAGACCCGGUCGAGCCUGUUGAGGUUGCUGUCGACUCUCGUCCUGCUGGGGGUGCUGAGCCUGGGGGUGCGGAGACUGGGGGUGCUGAGCCUGGGGGUGCUGACUCUGGGGGUGCUGAGCCUGGGGGUGCGGACUCUGGGGGUGCUGAGCCUGGGGCCUGGGGGUGCUGA